AAUCAUCUUGAGGAAGCAUUGGAACAAAAAAAACAUUCAAAAUGAUAAACCAAAAUAUAAAUUUUUGAGUAGUAGGACGUGCUAAAUAAAUUCAAGAUGUUAUCAGGAUGACACCUUUAACACCCCAUAAAGACUUGCAAUGACGUCUUUUAAAGAGUGGAAGGGACAGUCGAAAAUCUGCACACGCUGCUCCCCCAAAAGAGCUUUUAGCUAUUUAAAUUAUAUCUAGGCGGACGGGCGGGCAUUUGGGACAGACUUCCGAUGGACGCGUACGUGCUGGGUUUGGUGGCUGUUCUGGUGCUGAUUGUGUUCAAGUUGGGCACCCGCAACCACGAAUACUGGCGGAGGAAAGGGGUGGAAAGCGUGGGUGCGGUGCCGUUCAUCGGCUCCAUGUGGCCCGUGGUGUCCUUGCGCGAGCAUAUGGCUGAUUUUUUCCACCGACUUGCCAUUGAGAACAAGGGCAAAAGGUUCGUCGGCUACUUCCAGGGAUCCACGCCGGGGCUGCUCGUGCUGGACCCUGAGCUCAUCAGGUCGAUCCUCAUCAGCGACUUCUCGCACUUCGUCGACCACGGCUUUGAAAUUGAUCCAGAAGCCGACCCCAUGCAGUCGCGCAAUCUGUUCAACAUGAGCGGCCAGUACUGGAAGGAAAUGCGCAGCAUGCUGUCGCCGACAUUUAGCUCAGGCAAAAUUAAAGCACUGUUCCCUCUGGUGCAGGAGUGCGCCACUAGCUUCGAGAACUACAUGCUGAGCCAUAAAAGCCAAGACAUCAAUAUCAAGGACUUGCUCGCUAGAUACACGACCAACGUCAUUGGUUCUUGUGCGUUCGGAAUCACAGUGAAUUCGCUAGAAAAUCCAGAAGACAAAUUCAGACAAAUGGGGAGAAAACUGUUUGAAGUGGACUUUGUGCAGGGUUUCAAAAACAGUUGCAUUUUCUUCCAACCUCAGAUUGCAAAUAUCUUCAAAUUUAGGGUCUUCAGCGAAGAGCUGACUAAUUUUUUCCGGAAUCUUGUGCAUGAAAUAAUGGAUAGAAGAGCGAAAUCGGGAAACACGCGAAAAGACUUCUUGCAAUUACUUAUCCAGUUGAAGGAAAAAGGAAAAUUGGGCUCAACAGACGACGAGCCUAACGAAAAUAACGAAUCUUCCAUUGGCCUCAAGUUGACGGACGAUGACAUCGUGGCCCAAGCACUAGUAUUUUUCAUCGGUGGAUUUGAGUCGACUUCAAUGACAUUGACUUACACGCUGAUGGAAUUGGCUCGAAACCCAGAAGCUCAGCGUAAGGCUCGAGCUAACAUCAAAGAGGUUUUACAGCGUCACGACGGAAUAUUGAGUUUCCAAUCAAUGCAGGAAUUGACUUACUUGGACAAAAUUGCAAAUGAGACUCUUCGAAUGUACCCUCCUCUUGCUGUCAUAAAUCGCAUUUGUACGAAGCAAUACAAAAUUCCCAACACUAAUGUGACUUUGGAGAAAGGAACGGCCAUAGCAAUCUCAGUCAAAGGCAUUCAAAACGAUCCACAGUAUUUUGAGGACCCGGAAACUUUCAACCCCGACAGAUUCAGUGACGAAAAUCCGGUCAAGACCAAGUGUGCGUUCAUGCCAUUCGGCGAGGGACCGCGCCAGUGUAUAGGGAUGCGGUUCGCCAAAAUGCCGCUCAAGCUGGGGUUGUUCUCCAUUCUGCGCCACUUUGAGGUGCUGCAAUCGCCCAAGACCGUGUACCCACCUGAGUUUGACCCGCGGCAGUUCUUUUUGGCCUCAAAGCAUGACAUCUACGUUCAACUCAGAGAAUGUUCUGACUACUGAAUGUUUUUAAUUAUUUGUCAUCAUUGCAAAAAAAACAUAAUAAAUAUUUUACGCCAUUAAAUUCAAUUGCCAAAUAAGGGAUAAAAGGUGUAAUAAUUUGUUUUGAAAUAUUUUAAGCUUAAAUUGUUGCUUGCGAGAGUUUUUGUGGGAUAAAAAUAGCAAGCAUAAAAUUUUUUGAUGAUAAUUUUUUAGCGCAAUUUUUUUAUAAUUUAAACCGCACCAUAAUGAUCCAGACAGGGGAAGGAAUCGCUUCAAAUAAUCAUGUAAUAAAAACACGCAAAAUCAGAAAAAAAUAAAUAAAACGAACCAUAUGUAUUGAUUUUUCUG